AUGAACAAAGAAGCCGUCUCGGGCGCGACGGCUGGGUUUAUGGCCACGAUAACGUUACACCCGCUCGAUGUCAUCAAGACCAGAUUGCAAGUGCAAGACUUACAAAUCGCCACGAAAUACAACGGCACUUUGCACGCGUUUAAAACGAUUCUGAAAAACGAAGGCGCGAGAGGCUUAUACGCGGGACUUUCGCCGGCAGUGGUCGGGAACACGGCAUCGUGGGCGAUGUAUUUCGCGUUUUACGAUCGAGCGCGGAAACGGUACGAGAAAGCGUCGAACGACGACGGCGAGGUUGAGAAGAAGAAGACAAAGGAGAAGAAGAGUAUUAGUUCGGGGGAGACGUUAUUGGCGGCGGCGGAGGCGGGCGUUUGCGUGAGUUUAUUGACGAAUCCGAUAUGGGUAGCGAAGACGAGGCUGGCGCUGCAAGAGAGAGGCGGAGGAGGCGGAAUGGAGGCGAAGAGUAGUAGCAGCGGCAGCAGCGGCAGCAGCGGCCGUGCCGGGGGUGGAGGAGUUAAAGUUCAAAAACCUACUAAAGUGGUGGUGAGAUAUAAAGGGUUAAUCGAUUGUUUGUAUUCAAUCGCACGAACCGAAGGCAUUCCCGGAUUGUAUAAAGGAUUGACGCCGAGCUUGUUGUUGGUGUCGCACGGCGCCAUUCAGUUCACGUGUUACGAAAAUCUGAAGAGUUUAGCCAGAGGAGAAGGAGGAGCGAUUUUUGCACUCGAGAAUGGUGGCAAAAAGAACGACGACGAUGGCAUCGCUCCAACGAGCGAGCAAAGAGAGCUCACCAGCGCCGAGUGCGGCGUCUACGGCAUGCUUUCAAAAAUAGUUGCCUCUCUGAUCACGUACCCGCAACAAGUCGUUCGCGCUCGAAUGCAAAAACUUCAAAUCGAACGAAACCAGAUUAAAUAUAAAAGCUUACUCCAAUCGUUCGGAACGAUAUCGAGAAGAGAAGGCAUAUCUGGCAUGUAUAAAGGCAUGGUGCCAAAUCUCGCGCGGAUGUUACCGUCUACCGGGGUGACUUUUUUCACCUACGAGUUUGUCAACCGAAUGUUUGUUGAAGGCCCGGACGAGAACAACAACGAGGACUAG